UCUUCGACGACGUCCACCAAGAAAGAAGUCACAUUGCUUCAGGACAAGAAGAAUGGCUUUGGAUUUGCACGGUCAAACUCCAGACCAUCGAAGCCGAGGACCAGAGGCGUCACUGAAAUCAGAGGCCCGUAUUAUACUGUCAUGGGGAAACGAUACCUAGCCGAUGUGCUGGAGACUAUGGGGACUCAUGUGGACGGCUUGAAAUUUGCCGGAGGGUCAUUCUCUUUGUUUCCAGAGAAGCCUCUGAGAGAGCUAAUCGACCUCGCACACGACUACGGAGUCUAUGUCUCCACAGGAGGUUGGGCUGAGCACCUACUCACUCAUCCCGAUGCGAACACCGUUUUCGACAAGUACCUUCGAAAGUGUAAGGACCUUGGGUUUGACGUGGUUGAGCUCUCCUCCGGCUUUCUAUCUAUUCCAGAAGACGACUGGCUUCGCCUUGUUGACAAGGUCCACUCGUACAAGCUGAAAGCGAAGCCCGAAUUAGGAAUUCAAUUCGGUGCCGGUGGCGAUACCCCUGCGUCGGGCUUGGAAGCCAUGGGUACUUCCGAUCCCUCCAAAUUGGUGAAUCUGGGCCGCAAAUUCCUCGACGCUGGCGUUGAGCGGUUAAUGAUCGAGUCAGAGGGUAUCACGGAGAAUGUGGAAUCCUGGCGGACCGACGUGGUAUCGAAGAUCAUGAAAGAGCUUCCUUCGGAAGGUGUCAUGUUCGAGGCAGCAGAUCCUAAGGUCUUCAACUGGUACAUCCGAGAAUUUGGCAUUGAUGUGAAUCUGUUCGUCGACCACAGUCAAAUCGUGCAAUUGUCAUGCUUGCGCCAUGGAAUUUGGGGCACGGCCGACACCUGGGGAAAGAUUGUCUCAUUUCGACCCGAGUAGUUGAUGUGCGAGGAUGAUGGCGAUUUGAUGGGGGGGGGCG